AAGUUAAUUGCGUGCGGUAGCCGCUAGUAUUGUGAGUGCGGAAGGGGCGCGGCUUGGAUUGGAUGCAGGUUAUUCCAUUUCCUCGGCCAGUAGGCGCCUCUCUACACCUGACUGAAUAGAUCUUCACAAAGUUGCCGAAAUGCUGAGUUUGGGAAGUGGAGGAGGAAAAUCUACAAAGCCGUCUUUUGUCUCUUAUGUCACCCCAGAGGACAUGAAAAUAAAAGAAAAAGAGGAGGGCUUAAGAUCAAAGCAUCCAUAUUUACUGCCAGGUGAAGUGGUGUUCUGCAGUGCGAACCAUGUGCUGAAAUACACCCAGGAGGAUGCGUCGCAGCGCGGCGUGUACGGGACUCUGCUCUGUACCAACUUCAAGAUCGCCUUCAUCAGUGACGAGAGCGCUUCACAAGAGACGGCACCUCCAUUUAGGAAUAAGCUUUUAAGUGAAAAUGAUAUUCCCCUGACGUGUGUGGACCACAUCUACGGAGUGAGUGAUGAAAAGAAAAAGCUGAUAAUAGGAGGUCAAGUGAAAAGCAAGUACCCUUCAAAACUUAUAAUCCAGUGUAAAGAUUUGAGAGUCUUUCACUUCUCGUUGACAUACGCAAAAGAAGAGGAAGCUAAAAAGAUAUUCCAAGGAAUUGUCCACCACAGCCUUGAACCCAAGUCUCUCAAAUGUGUUUUUGCUUUUUCUUACUGUGAAACAGCAUCACCAUCCCAAGCCUCUCGGAAAAGCAGUCUGACUUUAAUGUUUGAAACGAAAGAGGACUGGAGCGUGGAGCUGGGCCGCACUAAAGGGAAUUGCAAAGUGUCGAGUGCCAAUGCGGACUAUGUUAUCUCUGAGAAGCUGCCACAGUUCUUUGUCGUCCCCUUUGCUGUUUCAGACGACGAUAUUUUGAGAUUCCUCGGUAAAGGAAUACCUUUCUGGUGCUGGUCCCAUCACAGUGGCUGUGCUCUUUUUAAAAUGGCUUGUUUACCCACCAUUCAGGAGGAUGGUAUUUCACAGAAAUACAUGCACAGGAUGCUUGAUGCUGUUACCCAGGACCAGCUCUGUCCAGUGAAAAUAGAGGACCUGUCCAGCUGCCUCCCUGCCCUUCAGGACCUCCAGCUGUCAUACAAUAAGUUCAAACAGCUCUUCCUGAUUGAUAGUACUACUGAAUUUUGGGUAUCUGAUAUGAAAUGGUUUUCUUCAUUGGAAAAUUCUGGCUGGCUGGAAAUCAUCAGGCAGUGUCUUAUGAAAGCAGUUGAGAUUGUAGAUUAUCUGGAAAGUGCGCACACCAGUGUAUUGAUCGUAGAGAGCUUCUUUGUCCCUGCUGUUCCAGAGGAGCACUGCUCAGACCUGUGCUGCGUGCUGUCCAGCCUGGUCCAGAUUAUGCUGGAUCCCUAUUACAGAACCCGCUCCGGCUUCCAGAGCCUCAUUCAGAAAGAGUGGGUGGCAGGCGGCCAUAGCUUUCUUGAUCGUUGCAACCAUCUUUACCAGAAGGAAAAGGAGGUGCCGGCUCCGGUGUUCCUGCUGUUCUUGGAGUGUGUCUGGCAGUUACUCCAGCAGCAUGCUCCUGCAUUUCAGUUUUCAGAGACAUACCUGACUGUCCUGUCUGACAGCAUCAACAUUCCUCUCUUCAGCACGUUCCUCUUCAACUCGCAGCACCACAGAGAUACAGCUAUGAAGCCAGGUCACCCCGAAGCACAAAGGAGCCCUUUGAAUUUCCCCUCUGUGUGGGAUUGGUCACUGCAGUUCGAUUGCAAAGCCCAGUCUCUCUUCACUAACCCCCUUUAUGUAGCGAAGCCCAUACAAGACAAAGCCCUGAGGAAAACUUCUCACCAAAAGCACCAGAGACAGCUGUCUUUGCCAAAUACUUUGUCCAAGCCUUCUCCAAGGAAGGGCUUCUUUAAGGAAGAAACAGAUAACCUCAAAAAGAUUUUUUUAGGCAAGAGGAUCAGCAAAUGGCUGAACCCGACGGAGAGCUCCAAGGAGUUGUACGAGUCCUGGCAGAGGAAGCCUCUGGAUUACCAGGGCCUGCUACUGCCCUACCUGGACGGCCCGUCUGUCCGAGUCUGGAUGCAGCGGUACCUGCGCUGGGUUCCUGAGGCCCAGAUCUUCGGAGGUGGUUCAAUCACGACUGUCAACAGAGUCUUGGAGCUGGCCAGCGAGAUCCAGGACCUGCAGAAGGAGGUCGAGAGGCGCUCCUGCAGAAUGAACUCUUCCACUGCGUGGACGCAGGUCUACUCUGGCCCUCCCUUGUCUGCCCGCCUCUCUUCCUUCCCUUUCACUGCCACGCAUGCCUGGUCUUUCAAACCUGCCAUCCCAAGCAGCAUUCGGCAGAGUCUGGGCUCCGUGAGCAGCCUGGCUGACAAGGAGGACGAUGACUGUCAGGGUUCAGGUGUGCUUUAAGAGACACACAAUCCUGUUGAUUUUCAUUGCCGUGUUUAAGAACGUGUACGAACGAGAGGAGGCUGUUUGGCCCAUUCGAGCUCGUCCUGGUUUCUAGUUGCUGAUUGAAAACAAUCCUUGCGCAUUUGAACUGCAAAGAUCUUCACGUGUAAGAAGAGGAGCAUGAGAAUCCAGAACAGUUCUAGAAUUGGGUGACUAAUCAGUGUUUCCAUUUGUCUUAUAACCCUUCAUAUGGAUGCAUGUCAUAUAAUCAAGUCUGUAGUGUUAAUUGAGCCCUGCAGCCUCAGUCAUUCUUCAUGUCUAGUAAAAUAGGAUUCCUGAGGCAGUGUGUGACAUUCUUGCAUAGUUUACCAUCCUGUACACCAGUAUGUUGUAGGCUCCUGCAGGUAGUUUGAAUUGAUACAGGAAACCUUGUGCUUUUAAUCGUUUUAUUUUAAUCACACAAGGACAUUUUUAUGUACAAAAAACCUUCAAAAAAAACAAACUGCGUCAUAAAAAACUAUUUACCUUUGUUUUUAUAACAGCAGAUUGCUUUUCACACAUUUCACCAAAUAUAAUGCACAAGUAUUUGCACUUCAAUUCUGCACAAUAAUUCUGUCUUACCUUUGGUUGUAUGUAUUGUAAAUAAAACAAGUCACAUUCUAGUAUGAAACUACCUUCUUGAAAAGGUUGCUUUUGAUACCAUUUUAAAUAGUAACUGAUGCUGGCUUUACAUGUUAAGGUGCAAUCCUAUUUAAUGAAGAAUAAUAAUAAUCUAAACCUUGUUCUACAGUAGAAAUGCCCUGCAGAAAUAGCAUGUAUUUAUUCAGCUGCAGCCUGGUCAUGGCUACUAUGAUUAUAAUGAGGAGUUUAUUAUCCUGGCCAGCUAUAUACAGCAGUGUGCACAUGUAUUAGAACACCCCAUUGCUUCUGUAGUUCAGCAGUGUGCACAUGUAUUAGAACACCCCAUUGCUUCUGUAGUUCAGCAGUGUGCACAUGUAUUAGAACACCCCAUUGCUUCUGUAGUUCAGCAGUGUGCACAUGUAUUAGAACACCCCAUUGCUUCUGUAGUUCAGCAGUGUGCACAUGUAUUAGAACACCCCAUUGCUUCUGUAGUUCAGCAGUGUGCACAUGUAUUAAACACCCCAUUGCUUCUGUAGGUUUGAUUUGUUGUGCACAUGAACACAAACCACUGGAAUAGAAAACCUUGGAAAAUUCUCAAAAUAGACAAAUUAGUGGUUGUCUAAUUUUAAUUGAUGACUUUAAUAGGCCACUCAUGCAAUUUUUUAAAUAGGAAGAGAAAAGAAACACUAAGCCACACAUGGUGAAAUGCAUGAGACUUUUUAGAAGUUUAAUAUGCCUAAUUAAAGCAUAGAGCUGUCUUAACAUUUUCACACAAGUGCCUAUUGUUUCUAUAUUACUUGCAUGAAAUUGAAAUUCUCACACCCACAGGUUUUCAUACAGGUAGAUAUUGUGGUUUGGGGUCUUUUUUUUUAAUUGUUCUGUUAUUGAAACAACAAUACAAAACUAUUAAUGAAAAUGCUUAUCACAUUUAACAAAGUGACCAUAAAAGCAUGUAUUUUAAAUUUGGAUAUGAUAAUAAUGUUUUAAACAAAUUUAAAAUUUGCACUGCCUUUUUUUUUUGAUGAAUCCAUCUAAAACAGAGAGUUGUGAAUAAUGUCAAUGCUGUGCGGUGGUCUAUGCUGCAAGUCCUUACACUGUUCUCUUUCGCAUUGGCUGCUUCAUGUCUUUAAUACUAUUGAUGUAUUCUCUGAGUAAUAAUGCCCUCAAUUCUACAUGUGUAGAGGUUGGGGUGGCAUGUAAACAGAAAUUGUUUCCUUAAACAGUUAAUUAUGGGUCAGUAACCUAAUUAAAAGUUGUAGUAUCCCACAGUCAACUAUAUUCCUUCAUGUCUGUUAACAUAGCCUGCUGUUCAAUGUAUACAAAUAAAUAAAUUCAACUUGAGGCACCUUUUAAAAAUGUGACACUUGCACUCUCGUGCUACGCACACGUCACUUCAUUUAAGCUGCACUGUUUACCAGCCUUUAUGUUCAUUUCUUUAUGUCGUCACUGUGUGUCAAGGAAUGAAAGCCUUAUAUUUCAGAGAGCACUGCAACAGAAAGGGGCCUCUAUGCAGGGUGAACCUGAGUUUUGCUACUGGUUUAUAUAAGCUAUAUAAGAUCAAAUAUCCUAGUGAUUUUUAAUAGAUGUGUGGUGUUUUUUUUAUAUAAAUCUCUCCUAUUCAUGUGUACAACUGUAUUUAAUCACAGUGAUAAACACUGAAAUGUUUUAUAGAACAGCACUGAUGAUGAUAUUAUGUAAAUAAAAAAAUGAGGACCUUGGCUUAGCUUGGUGUGUUAUUGGAUAGUGUAGCGGGUGAAGGAUGUUUUUGUUUUUUUUCAUGUGUACUUUAUGUAAUUACUGUUAAAGAUUCAUUGAUCUAGUUUUCAAUAAAGACACUGAAAACAUGAA